AUGAAUGAGGAUUUGGGUGAGCCUGAGUGCUAUUACUUUGAGGAGUAUGAGGCUCCAAGGAUGAACCCCUCUGUUGUGGCUGCUCACAAGAGGAUUGGACUUCUCCAAAAGUUCAACAAAUGGCAAGGGAAAGCCAUUGAGAAGAUGCAAAAGUCCAUGGACAAGAUGGUGAGCAAGAUCAAAAGUUUGGAGAAGAAGGUUUCUGGUUCUUCAUCAAGAAGAAGAAGCCCAAGGCCACAUUCCCUAGGAGUAUCACUCCUCACCACCCAAGGAGGCUCCCUGCCCAAGAGCCUCACAGAGCCUCUUCUUUCGAGCCAAGGGAAGAGGAGACAACACGCAGAGAAGGAGGAAGAGUUCCAAGGCCAGACGCUCCAGCUCGACCACCGGACUCGAUCGAGUCCAAACAGAGGAAACUCAACUCGAUCGAGCUGA